AAUUUUCUUGAUCCCAUGAAUUAUGCAGAGACGGUCGUCGUGAAAGAAUCGGAGGGAAACCCCGCCUUUUGUCAUUUUAUGAAUCAAGGGAAUGUGGACACCGUUUAAGGCUGAAGGGAAUUCGAUACUUUCUAUGCACUGCAGGCACAGGACGACCUCGUUGGCUAAAGCAUUUACAAGGGAAUUGGGCCAUGGCAAAGUGUCGUAUACCAAGUUGCAAGCCUGCUUUGUUUGUUCCAGCCAAAGUAGGAAAGCCAUGACCUUCAUUGAUUCACCGGGGUCGCGCUGGAGGUUGAAUACAAGCCUGAAGAACAUGAUGCGGUCGAUAUUGUGGAAGGCAUUGAACUCCUCCUUGGUCAAGGGCCUCAGGGCGUCUUGGUCAAAGCUGUCCGCCAUUGCUGAUUCUUGAAAAAAUUGUGAGUGUAUACUUUCUGAUGACGAUCGGUUUCUGGGAUUUAUAGUGGUGAAUCGGUGGGUUGCAUUUUGAAAUGAAAGAGUGUGUUUUGAAAAGGCGCCAUUUCGUUUUGUUGCAGAAAUGGAAGUAAUACCAGGACCCGCACCCAUGGCAACGUUUCGUUUCUUCUGUUUUGGGAAAGGCAUUUGAGGAAACUGGAUAAUUCUGCGAGAUUUCUGCUAGAAUCAAAGCCAGAAUUCUUGUUUGACUCGAGUAAUUCCUUCUAUUUGCACUUUGAAGUGAAAGUGUGGUUUUUUUCUCUCGUUGGAUGUGGGGUGAGAUGAUGGAUGGCUUUCAUUCUGUUGGGAUUGUUAGGUAAUCCUGACUUUCUGAAAUCUCAAAUGAAAAUCUUUAUUUAUU